GUAGAAAGCAGGCCUGGUAAGGAGAGGCCACCGGGACUUCAGUGUCUCCUCCAUCCCAGGAGCACGGUGGCCACUAUGGGAUCUGGGCUUCCCCUUGUCCUCCUCUUGACCCUCCUUGGCAGCUCACAUGGAACAGGGCCAGGUAUGACUUUGCAACUGAAGCUGAAGGAGUCUUUUCUGACAAAUUCCUCCCAUGAGUCCAGCUUCCUGGAAUUGCUUGAAAAGCUCUGCCUCCUCCUCCAUCUCCCUUCAGGGACCAGCGUCACCCUCCACCAUGCAAGAUCUCAACACCAUGUUAUCUGUAACACAUGACAGCCAUUGAAGCCUGUGUCCUUCUUGGCCUGGGCUUUUGGGCCGGGGAUGCAGGGGGCAGGCCCUGACCCUGUCUUUCAGCAGGCCCCCACCCUCCUGAGUGGCAAUAAAUAAAAUUCAGUAUGCUGAAUUCAA